UCGACGGUAGCAGCAUCCCGACUCUUGAGUAAGCUUCUUGAAUUUUUUCUUGUAUACUAUUUUCUGUGACAUAUCUCGCCUGAUGAAGGUAUAAUACCGAAACGUUGCAAGGAUUUGUCACAGUUGAUAUAUGCAAAUAAAUAGUACUAUUUUUUCGAAAUUUGAAUUUUUCACUUUUCGUUUUUAUCUGCCCAUUGACACAUUGACAAACUACCUCCGAUUCUAUUGCCUGCUUUAUAUUUUUAUAUAAUGUCCGGGUUUUUGAAAAAGCAAGCCCCUUUGUUGAUAGCUAGUAGCAUCAGCACAAGCCAUGCUACCAUUUUGGCCUACCGCUGCUAGCGCCGAUAAAGAAGAGCGGGACCUCAACUCUGAGCCACGCUACGGCGAAUUAGCAGGCAAUAACAUCCAGAACGGAGAUUGUCUCCAAGACAACAAUUUCGGCCUCAAAAUUAAAUGCAUGCAAAGCAUCAUCACAGUUUUGCAUCAUUUGGAAAACAUUAAUAAGUCUGAACAGCCACAGACUAUUUUUAAAAUGGCAAAUGCACUGGCCAAUAGGAUCAGGCCUGCAUUAAACAAUGCCGACACACAGGCUUGUAUUGCUAUUAAUGCCAAAAAUUGGGCAGAGGCUACAAUGGACAUUUUAAAGAAGCAUUAUGUAAUAUCAUUACAAAUUGUGAAGGACACGCUGACUCCUGUAAUUGGCUACAACUGGAGGUCCUCCUUUUUUAUUGCUUCUAACUGGGCCAGAAAAAAGUUUGGCACAAAGAUGACCUUUGACACCCUACAACUGGCGGAGAGCCAAAUAGCUUCGCUGGUGGUGACACCCAAAGGCCACAACGCACGAGCUAUUCCACCAGGACCGAGCGAUGACGCCGGGACGAAGAAGCCCGUCUCUUCAUCCCAGAUUCCUCAGGCCAUGGUGGAGAUUGGCGGCGAGUUCCCUCCUCCUUCCUGCUUGGCACCGGCUGUCCUGAUGUCUCCGCAGCAAUCCGGCACACGCGCAGAAGCUACCUGCUCCGCUCCUGUGACGCAAGACGGCCCGCGACCUGAGACGGAGAGGACGAGACGACUGAGCGCUGAACGCAUCGUGCCUCCUGACUACAGCUCGCGCACGCCCAUCGGUGUCCAGCCAGCCACAGAGGUCGGUGCGGUGAUUUGGAGGUCCCCCACUGACGGGCUGACACGCUGGUUCCAAAGAUGGACAGGCCUACCACACAAUCCCCAUAUAUCGGGGGGAUGUCUAAAUGGGGUGCAAAAUGUCUAACUUUGUGGGUGUUGUCUGGUUUGCCUCCUUCAGGGACUUCCGGGGGGUUCUGCGUCUGGCGGGGCCUUACCUUGGCGGAGGGUCGAUGGACCGCGCGCAUUACCUCCCUCUCUCUCUCUCUAUCUCACCCCCAAAACCUAACCCUCUCAUUCGGGGUUCCGGGGGGGUCCUGCGUUUGGCGUGGGCGUCGCCUUGACGGGUUGGAGACAGACAGUGCACACCCCUCCCCCUAACCCUAACCCUAACGUCAAACCUAACCCGCCAGUGCCUCCAACCCCUCAUUUGGGUGGCGUCCUGCCAUUCGUGGGCCCCCCGCGGCCUUUGUUUGAAAUGUGGUGAGGGGCUCAGACACUUCAAUGAAUACAGGAGUCAGAGGGAGAUCAAACAUCUACCAAACACAAUUAUACUUACCUGUGUGUUUGGCCACUGUGUGAUGCUUAUUAUAUGUCGAGGGGACACAUCACACAUCUAGGAAUUUUCUUUGAUCUGUAGGUUUGAGUAAGUCGCUGGCGACACUGCAGUGGGGAGCUUAAGCCCCGCCCCCUGCAGCACUCACCUAUAAAUCCUCCUCCUGCCUGAACGGCUCAUUCCCUCUCCGGCCAUUGAUGAGGGGACAUCCGGCUGUGAAGACAAAUAGGGAAGCCUCAGGAGAUUAGAAGUGCUCCACCUGCUAGGGAAUUAGAAGCGUCCCAGUAGGCAUGAGGUCAAAAGCCAACCUGAUGAGGCCUAGGGGGCCGAAACGCGUCGUUGGACAGCCGCAAAUUCAUUUUGAGUGUGUCUGCCACCACAUUGAGCGCCUGCAAUAGGAGUUAUCUCAUUCGGGGUUCCGGGGGGUCCUGCGUUUGGCGUGGGCGUCGCCUUGACGGGUUGGAGACGGACAGUGCACACCCCUACUCCUCCCCCUAACCCUAACCCUAACCACUCCUCCCCCUAACCAUAACCUCAAACCUAACCCUAACCCUGAUAUAUAUAUAUGUGGAAGGAACGUGGCCUGCGGGCCUGCAGCGGAACGGGGUGUGCCAGGACCGGCCUCGAAGUCAGCGACAGGUGCGUAGAUGGCCCAGGUGGGCCUUUUUAUCUAAUCACCUGUCGCUCUGUUUAAGCAGCAGCCGGGAGAAGAGACAUUGUUGGAGCUGGCGUGAGAGCGAGAGCGUGCCUGUCAUAGACAAAUGGACAAUUGCUGGAAAGCAACCUGCGGACAUUAUAUAAAAAUAAUACUGUAUUGUACCUCUGAAACGGGCUCUCAUGGCAAUGCUUGGUGGUCUGGAGGACCCACGGGAGGUCAACCUUCACAAUAUAAUAUAUAUAUAUAUAUAUAUAUAUAUAUAUAUAUAUAUACAUACUCCUCUCUGAGCUGCCACCUUAUCGUGUCCCAUUUCGAAAAUUCCUUGCGCCAACCUGAAUGACCUUCGAAGUAGCAACAAAAAGUGGUACCCAUUUACAAAUACAUGUACAACACGGUGAAUAUUUAUUCUUUGUAGCUAACAAAAAUCUGACCUGAAAACGAUGAUGCUGUGUUCCAAAUUUAAAAUUAUUUACUGAACUUGUAUGAGUCUAUGGUUUUGCACUUUGUUAUAUAUAUAUUUUGUACUCUAUUUUAGUUACUUUAUUGAGUUUACAACCCCCUGGUGCGGUUUUGUACUGUUUUUGUACUUAUUUUGAUUAUAAUUAUUUCUCAAUUGUUAGUAAAUGUUGCAAUUUAUAAAUAAAGGUUUAUAAAAUUCAAAAAAACAAAAAAAAUGUCAUGAGUUAAUUUUAUCAUAUUAUUACACCCAAAAAUGUUGUUUAUUUUACUCUGUAAAUGUUUACUCUCCCUGUC